AUGGAUUGGGUUCUGUGUCUAUAUCUAUCCGUGUCUUUUUUCAUAGGGCUGAUCAUUUUAACAUUAAAUUUAAAAUUUAGAAAGUCAAUGCAUGGCUUACAGGAGCUCCCAUGCCUCCCAUCACUCCCUUUCAUCGGCAGUCUGCUGAGUCUAAUAAGCGAACAUCAGCCUCACGUGCUUUUCAAGAAACUACAGGAGAAAUAUGGCCCGAUAUAUUCACUGAUGAUGGGCUCCAAUAGAUUAAUUAUUGUCAACCAGUAUUCACAUGCCAAAGAGGUACUGCUGAAGAAGGGCAAGAUAUUUGCAGGAAGACCAAGAACCGUAACGACAGAUGUGCUGACCAGGGAUGGGAAAGAUAUUGCUUUUGGAGACUACAGUGCAACCUGGAAGUUCCACAGGAAAAUUGUCCAUGGAGCUCUCCACAUGUUUGGACAUGGGUCUGCUUUAAUUGAAAAGAUCAUCUGCACACAGGCCGACUUGCUUUGCUCCAUCAUGCAAGAGAAAGCUGCUUCUGAACAAUCAGCGGAUUUUUCUCCCGAACUAAUGUGCGUGGUCACCAACGUCAUCUGUUCACUCUGUUUCAACUCCACGUACUCCGUGGGAGAUCCUGAGUUUGAGUCCAUGCUUCAAUACAGCCAGGGUAUUGUGGACACUGUUGCCAAAGACAGCUUGGUGGACAUUUUCCCAUGGUUACAGGCUUUCCCAAAUGCGGACCUACGUCUCCUGAAACAAUGUGUAUCUGUGCGAGACAAACUUCUACAGAAGAAAUAUGAAGAACACAAGGCAGAAUACAGUGACAAUUUGCAGAGAGACUUGAUAGAUGCUCUACUCAGAGCCAAGCGACACGCUGAGAACAACAACACACCAGAGAUGAGUUCGGAGUCCUUGGGGCUUAGUGAUGAUCACAUCCUUAUGACCGUGGGGGAUAUCUUCGGUGCUGGAGUGGAAACCACCAUGACUGUACUCAAAUGGGCCAUCAUCUACCUUAUCCAUAAUCCUGAGGUACAGAAACGUAUUCAGGAAGAGAUGGACCGCAAAUUAGGGAAAGAACGACAUCCCCUCCUAAGUGACCGAGGCAGUCUGCCAUACCUGGAGGCCACAAUAAGGGAAGUGUUGCGGAUACGUCCAGUUUCCCCUCUUCUCAUCCCUCACGUGGCCCUACAGGACACGAGCAUUGAAAAUUUCAAAGUGCGAAAAGGGACCAGAGUCAUUGUCAACCUUUGGUCUCUGCACCAUGAUGAGAACGAAUGGAAAGACCCUGAGCUCUUCGACCCUGGUCGAUUUUUGAAUAGCGAAGGCACAGGUUUGAUCAACCCAUCAUCCAGCUACAUGCCAUUUGGAGCCGGGAUCAGAGUGUGUCUUGGCGAGGCCUUAGCCAAGAUGGAACUUUUUAUCUUCCUUUCCUGGAUUCUGCAGCGCUUUACAUUAUCCUCCCCGCCAGGACAACCUCCACCACUGUUGGAGGGCAGGUUUGGCGUCGUGCUUCAACCAGCCAAAUACAGGGUGACGGUCAUACCCAGAUCAAGUUGGAUGACAAACGAGUACCAGGCCUGCUAA